AUGAAUUUGGUGCAUAAUGUUGAGUUGGGAGUGACGAAAGUGAUCCGUAUCAGUAACUCCAACUGGGCAUACAUGUUUGAAGAAAUGUAUGAUCCCAAGGAGAGAAUGGUCCUUUUGAAGGAGGAGGAUGGAAUCUACUUUCUGAUGAAAAAGGUAAAUGGGAAUGAUGAGGAAUGGAGGGGCAAAUAA